CCUGUAUCUUCAAAUGAAGCCUCAGCAGUCUUCAGUAACACUUUACUGUCAGACUACAGGUCUGGUUACUCUUCCACCAUGGUCAAUAGGAUGUUCUUAUACGUGAUCUUGAUGUUGUUUGACACAUACAGAGCUCAGGAAUGUGAGGAGAUGACUGAUCUUGACCUUCAACACUCCAUUGUCGGGACGUCUGUGAAUGUUCGAUUAAUUCUGUACACACGGGCGAAUGUCUCUUGCGGCCAGCUGCUCUCCCACCAACAGCCCUUCAGUAAUCCUCACUUUGACAGCAGCCGCCCCACCACCUUCCUCAUCCACGGCUACCGGCCCUCCGGCUCACCCCCAGUGUGGCUGAAUAAGUUUGCUGAGUCUCUUCUAAACCGAACAGACUUGAACCUUAUUGUGGUGGACUGGAACCAUGGUGCCACUAACAUCAACUAUUUCAAAGUCGUGAAGAACACACGUGUGGUGGCUGAGAAGCUUAUUGAUCUCAUUCAUAAAUUGAAGGAAAAUGGGGCCACACUCGACACUAUACACAUGAUUGGGGUCAGUCUAGGGGCCCACAUUUCGGGUUUCACUGGGGCCAGCUUUAAUGGUGAAAUUGGCAGAAUAACAGCACUGGAUCCAGCAGGGCCACAGUUUAAUGGUCAGCCUCCCAGUGAGCGCCUAGACCCCUCUGAUGCCCAGUUUGUGGAAGCCCUACACACUGACAUGGAUGCGUUGGGGUACCGGAACGUCUUGGGUCACAUUGACUACUAUGCAAAUGGUGGAGCAGAUCAACCAGGAUGCCCCAAAACCAUCUUUUCAGGAUCACAGUAUUUUAAGUGUGACCACCAGAGAUCAGUGUUUCUCUACAUGAGCUCUUUGAAUGGGUCUUGUCCCAUUACUGCCUACCCCUGUGACUCCUACACAGACUUCCUGGAUGGGAAAUGCAUGGACUGUGGCAAGUUUGGGUCUGCUGGAUGCCCUCUUUUUGGUUAUGAUGCCAUUCGCUGGAAGGAGCCACUGGUGCAGAUGCAACAAUUAAAGACGUUUUUCCAAACAAAUGAUGCUUAUCCAUUCUGCAAGUUCAGUUACAAGGUUGAUAUUCUGAUAUGGAACAAGAGAACACACUGGGGUUACUUCACAAUUAAAUUAGAAGACGGAAAACAAGAGGCACAAGUUGAUCUCAACCAUAAGUCCAUAAUGUUUGAAAAGUAUGUGGAGACCAGCCUUCUUGCUCAAUUUGAUCGAGACAUCCAACCUGUUAAAAGAAUCACAGUGAAGUUCUGUACAAGGAAAGGUCUAGGACCACGUAAGAAACUACGACUACUCCGCAUACGCCUCACUCCUCUACAGAACAACCUCAGGUCUCUUUGUCGCUAUGAUCUUCUUCUAGAAGAAAAUAAAGAUGUGACUUUCAGACCAAUUCCAUGUGAAGACUUCAACUUUUAAUUCAGAGCCUCCCAAACAAGGAUUUUGAUUUUGACUAUGCAUAACACUGACAUUAGUGACAUAAUAGUGUCAUUUGAUUCAUUUGUAGUCUUUAUUUUAAAGUAUUUAAUUGUUGUUUUUUAUCCUCUCGGGUCAGUGUCAAGUUUUUAUUUACAAUCUUCAUGAAGAUAUGGCUGGGCUACUUUGUUUUUUUAUGUCAUGUAAAUAAAUAUUUUUGUAUUUUUUG